AUGUCACGCAGUUCGGCGUCAAUCCCGGAGUCUCAGACCUUUAUUGAUGAGCCCCAGGCUGCAGGGUGCGAUGCUGUAGCGGUAAACUGCGAUGUAUCGCGAUCUAUAAGCCUGGGGCAGGCCUUGUCCGAGUGGCAGGAGACAAUGCCGCCCAUCCGAGGCGUGAUCCAAGCGGCGAUGAAUCUCCAGGACUCGGUCCUCGAACAGAUGUCAUUCACACAGUGGUCCAACAGCAUCGCCGCCAAGGCACAUGCUACGCGCAAUCUUCACGAGUUCUUUGGGGAUCGCCUAGACUUCUUCACCAUGUUGUCCUCUAUCGUUGGGGUGGUUGGGAACGCUAGUCAAUCUAAUUACGGAGCCGGGGGAUCAUAUCAAGACGCACUCGCGCGUCCUCGCGCCGCGCAAGGCCUGCCCGGUGUCGCCCUCGAUCUGGGAAUGGUCCAGUCGGUGGGAUGGUUGGCGGAUAACGAAACCGCGAGGGAACGGCUCCUCCGCCAGGGAUAUCGGCCCCUGGAAGAGGAGGAAGUCCUUCAACUUGUCGAGAGCGCUAUUCGUGACCCGGUACGUUCACCGAGAACUAGUCAGGUUAUGACCGGCAUUGCCGACUUCACACCCGAAGCUGCCACCUCUGGUUGGAGACAAGAUUCACGGUUUGGUGGUCUCCAGGUGCGUGCUGGGGCCCUGGGGGAGCCGAUGGCGGUGUUACCGGUCGAUCAGUAA